UCCAGGGAGCAGCCUCGCCCAAAGACAUGCUGAUUCUCGUGGAUGCGAGUGGGAGCGUCAGUGGGCUGACUCUGAAGUUGAUCCGAACGUCCGUCAUUGAAAUGUUGGAAACCUUGUCGGACGAUGACUUUGUGAAUGUGGUUUCGUUCAAUGAUAAAGCUCAAAACGUCAGUUGUUUCAAUCACCUCGUGCAAGCGAACGUGAGGAACAAGAAGAAGUUGAAGGAAGCCGUCUACAAAAUCCAGGCGAAAGGAAUCACUGACUACAAAAAGGGGUUCAGCUACGCCUUUGAGCAGCUCAAU